GGCAAACACAUCUUCUCUAUCGAACCGGUAAAAUGCGAUCGCUGAGAUCAAUCUGAUCUGUUAAACCGAACUAACCAAUAAAAUCGAAUCACCACCGACGACGAGAAAAGGAAGAAGACGCGACGACUGAGUGAGUGAGCGGCGUCCCGAUGAGAACUCCGGCUCUCCUCCUCCUCCUCCUAGCCUUCGUAUCUAUCAUUCCUCCGUCAAGCGGUCAUGGCGAAUGGGGUAUCCUCACGGAGCAAAACUUCUCAUCUCAGAUCCGCCUCCACCCUCACAUCCUCCUCUUCGUCACCGCUCCAUGGUGUGGCGAGUCAAGGUCACUUAAGAAUGAAAUAACUCAGCUGGUUCAGAGUGAUUCAGAGUAUGACUCGUUGAAGUUGAUGGUUGUGUACAGAAACUCAGAGAAGGUAUUAGCACAAGCCAUUGGUGCUGCCAACGAGAUUACGAUUCUGUACUAUCACCAUGCUGUGCCUUACCACUAUCGUGGGAAACUCCGAGCCUCAAAUAUACUGUCGUCUCUUCAUCCUUAUCUGACUUCUCCUCCCCAAGAACUCCCUCUCAGACAUUUGAAGUCUCCAGAGAGUUUGAAGGCUUUUCUUGAAUCAUCUGACAAGACUUUGAUUCUGUUCGAAUUUUGCGGAUGGACUAGUACACUUCUCUCUGAGUUGAAGAGGAAUGUCACUGAAGAUAACCUUUGGCAUGGUAACUUCUCCAAAAAAGUUGAAACCGACCGAGUGCUAAAGCUAAGAGGAAAAAAUAACCAGAAGGUGGCUGUAACGGACCAUGCAAAAUGGAAACCGAUGUGUAGACUCCAAAGCGGAUUUGGUAGAGUUCCUUGGCUUGAGGAUUUUAGCUAUGUCAAUGAUACUGCUGCUUUGCAGGAGAAUGACAGAGCGAACGGGGGUUCUGGACAGACAUGUAACCAUGAACAGUUCAAGCAAUUCAGUUCAUUCCUCUCGAAAUUGAUUGCCGCCGCAAAAGAGUUUUCCCUGCCUCCUGAAAGGCAAAAAUUUGGUCUGAUCACAGAAAAAUCGCUGGCUUCACCAUUUACUGUUGGAGCAUCUGAUUCGUGGGCAGCAGUCCUUCAGCUGGCAGGAUGUCCACAUUGUUCAAAGAUUCUCAAGGCUGGAGAUGACAUUCAGAGACUCUUAAAGAUGGAAAAUCCCAUAGUCUCAGAGAGAGAAGUGUAUCCUUCCGUGGUGUUCUUUCCAACAGAGAGAAACAAAGUCAUUUUAUAUGAAGGGGAGAUGUCUGUAACUGACAUAACAAAUAACUCUCUUGAGUUUUUCAUAACUUGUUUUCUUCUGGCUUAGCUGGUUGUGAAAACAGCAUUUGUUUCGCCGAGGAAGGGCUUUUGGGUUUUUAAAGCUGGAGCCUAAACAAAGCAAGUUAUGAAUCUUAACUCUCGCAGGAAUCAUUCCUACUCUGUCUGGAAAAGGAAGAAGGAACACAAACAAGCUUUGAUCAACAAACUGGCUGCUCCCAAAGUGAAAGUUGGCACAAUCCCUUUUGCUACAGAAAGGCUAGGAGACAGUCUACCGUUUGCAAAAUCAAAGAUUCUGAUACUAAAAGCAGGCCAAGAAUCCGGUUUCAUGGGUGUUAUCUUCAACAAACGGUUACGAUGGUCAUCGUACCCUGACCUGGACGGAGGCCAAACAGCUGAGCUCUUGAAAGACACGAUUCUAUCUCUCGGAGGUCCAGUGAUGGAUAGAGAAAAGCCGCUUAUGGCUCUGAGCCGAGAGGGAGACCCCUCCACGGAUCUUGAACUCUCACCAGGCGUGUAUUUCCUUGAUCAUGAGUCGGUGGCCCGUCGUAUCCAAGAGUUAAGUCUAGAGAUUUGAAUCCAAGUGAUUAUUGGUUUUUCGUGGGGUACUCAAGCUGGAGCCAUGAGCAGUUGUUUGAUGAGAUCGGUCUUGGGGUAUGGGAUGUUGAUAACAACCAGCUUGACUUCGCUUGGCCUUGAAGCAGCUGUUAGCAUCUAUGUUUCUUGCAUCUCAUGUCACGCGAUAUAGUAAUGUUUUCUUUUUAGUAGGAAGAAUCUUAAAAGGCAUAUAUAAGAACCCAUUAUGUGGGUUGAAAGAUAUGUUGGUUAACUGUAACACUUUAAAAUGUCUUCUUUACAACAGAUGAGAUAUUUACACAGAUUCCUCUUGCAUUUGCUAAAAAAUCGACAUUAAACCAGUUUACAAAUCAAAA